GGAACCAAACGGCAAGAGCAGAGAACCCACAUUGAUAAAAACAGAAUGGGUGUCCCAGCCUUCUUUCGCUGGCUUACUGAGAAGUAUCCAAAGGUUUUGCAAGAUGUCGAGGAAGAGAGGGUGAAACUCGUUGGCGGGGACGGAAAUGUGCGUGCUCCAUUCGACAGUACACGUCCAAACCCAUCGGGUCUCGAAUGCGAUAAUCUUUAUAUAGACAUGAACGGCAUUAUACACCCGUGCUCUCACCCAGAACAUGGUCCGCAACCCAAAACCGAAGAAGAAAUGUACGAAAACGUUUGUCAUUAUGUCGACCGUCUAUUUCGAAUUAUAAGACCUCGCAAACUAUUGUAUCUAGCAAUAGACGGAGUCGCCCCCCGUGCCAAGAUGAAUCAGCAGCGUUCUCGACGGUUUCGAUCAGCACAAGAAGCUAGAGAAAAUCUUGAAGUGGAAGAAAACAUACGAAACGAACUGAUAAAGAAUGGACAGAAAGUUCCCCCUGCAAAAAAAGCAUGGGAUUCCAAUGUCAUUACGCCUGGUACUCCAUUCAUGUUGAGAUUGGCUGAUUUCAUACGUUUUUAUAUUCGCAAGAGGAUUAGCACUGAUAAGGCUUGGCAAAAUAUUCGUGUCAUCUUUAGCGAUGCGAGUAUACCAGGUGAAGGGGAACACAAGAUUAUGUCUCAUAUUCGUUUACAACGCAGCCAACCGGGAUAUUCACCAAACCUGGUUCAUGUUCUACACGGUCUAGAUGCAGACCUUAUCAUGCUGGCGCUGGCUACUCACGAGGCCCACUUCUACAUUUCACGAGAAGAAGUAAUGUUUGGAAGAAAAUCACAGGAAAUGGCGGAACGACGACAAAACGAAAGUGGAUUUCGUGACAGGCAGCGUCAGUUUGACGAGGAAGCAGGCGAUAUGGCAAUGCAACUAAUCGAGAACAAACAAACACCAAUAUGUCGAGUCAGCAUCCCGAUCCUUAGAGAGUACAUCGCGGUUGAUUUCGCACAGUGCAUUGAUUCAUCGAGGCUCCCUUUUGCACCCUCCUUGGAACGAUUGAUUGAUGAUAUCGUAUUUUUGGGUUUCUUUGUAGGAAAUGGUAGGUUAUCUUUUUCCCCUUAGUUUCUUUCCUUAGUUUCGUGACACCCGUCGAGUAACAGACUUUGCCCCUCAUAAGAACGUUUUGCUAACUUUCAUCAUUUUGAACAGAUUUUUUGCCUCACUUACCGAGUUUGGAUAUUCGAGAUGGUGCAAUGGAUUAUCUGUUCAAUGUGUACAAAAGAAUACUUCCCUCACUAGGAGAUUACAUUACAAACCAUGGGGGUCAAGUCAACUUGUCACAUGUAGAUGUUAUUUUGGCAGAAGUUGGAUCGAUUGAAGAUUAUGUUUUCACCAUGAAACAUGAGAAUGAAAUGAGGGAGAAGGAAAGGAGAGAGCAGUUCAAGGCUCGGAAGAAGCACGCCAAUGGGAGGAGUUUAGAUGAUCCGCGAAAUGCUCUGCAGCAAAAAAAAACAAAAGUAAUGGGUCGCGCCGCUAGAAUUUUGGAGAAGGAAAAGGCAGAGCGAUCAUUAAAGAAGGAAGUGAAAGGCAAAUUUAACAUUUCACACAUGAAAAGUAAGGAUAACUUAAAAGCUGCUGUCGCGUUGAAAGAAUCAUUUAAGAAGAGCGCAACAAAGAACGAGGAAGAUCAUGAUAAAGUCAAAAAUGAAGUUGACCUAGAUCCUGACAAAAAAGACCAAGAUAAUAAACAUGAAGUAUGUACUGAGAGUAAGAAAAAGCGUAAAAUUAACGAAGUCAACGGUGACGCGGAGGUAAUCAAGGAUACAAAUACAUCUGGAAUUGGUGAAGUAGGAAAUAUUGACGAGGAAUUCGAAGACGACGGAGAAGACGAAGAUGAAAGCCCCAGUGAUAUUGCUGCUGCUUUCAAGGAGCGCGUCAAAGAUGAGCAAAAAAAGAAACUCGAUGAAUAUGCUCGAACUGUGGAAGACAAGGUUAAACUUCAUGAAAAGGGAUGGAAAGAUCGAUAUUACUCAGAUAAAUGUAAGGCAGACGAUGUUGCAAAUCACGGAGGUCGGGAACACUUAUUUCGCUCCUAUGUUAUGGGCCUAUGCUGGGUCAUGAAAUACUAUUACGAGGGUUGUAAGUUAUUCCAUCUUGUUGUUGUUCCGCAUCAUUCCAAUUACUGUAAACGUCUUUAUCUAAUGCUGUGUUAGGUCCAAGUUGGAAGUGGUACUACCCUUUUCAUUACGCUCCCUUUGCCUCAGAUUUGCGAAAUAUUGAAAGAUAUCAGAAGGAUGUGAUGUCAUUUGAAUUAAGUACUCCAUUCAGUCCAGUAGAACAACUUAUGGGAGUAUUGCCAUCUGAUUCUUCUCAUGCAAUACCCAAAGCAGGAAGAUGGCUUAUGUCCGAUUUAGAGAGUCCAAUUAUUGAUUUUUACCCAUCUGAGGUCCCAGUUGAUCCAAACGGCAAAGCAAUGCCUUGGUUGUGGGUUGUAUUACUGCCAUUUAUUGAUGAAGAUCGAUUGUUGGCUGCAAUGUGAGUAAAUUCGUUUACAUAUUGAGUGCUUGAUACUUCAACAUUUGCUAACACUUCUUAAAUUCGUUUUUAACCGUUGAAGGACUCCAACAAUGUCCAAGUGGACGAAGCAGGAGCUUCUUUGCAAUGCUCGCGGAUUGGAUGAUGGGUAUGUAUUCUUGCAUUCAUCUCAUCCUCUCGCACCAAAAUUCAAACAUGUUUUACAAGAGGGGAAAACCGCAAAAGCUUCGAAGCAAAAAAUUUCGGAUGCUGCUUCAUAUGGUUGUCCAGGCUUCACUGGUUUUUUACGUCCGCCUCUUGGGAACGAAAUUAUUCCUGAAUCAGAAGUUGUUGCCCCACCAGAAAUAUCCAGCAAGGCAGUUAUGACAAGCGAGGACAAUUUGUUCACGGACGGAAUUUCCAAAAAUAUGUGCUUGUGUGCUGCUUUUAGUGAACCCCCGAAACUAUCCCAUAAGAGCAUUUUGCUUCCUGGAACGAUUCUUCCUCAACCUGUGUUGUUGGACGAAGACAAGAGAAUUAGUAGACCGAGGUUAAAUCGAGGCGGACAAUCGAUAGCUUUUAUGGGUGGUGAUCAAAGACAGAGCCACCAAAGUGGACGCGGUAGUAUGAAUAUUAGUUCUUACGAGCGCGAUCUUGCACAACGAAAUGGGAGAGGUGGCGAUAUGAACAAAGCCGGGACGAGAUCGUGGGGUUCUUUCGAACCAACUCCAAAGAGACAAUUUACUGCUCGAAAUCCCUUUCAUGGAAAUGCACGUGGUCCCCCUCCACCUCCGCCGCGGAGACCUCCAUUUCAACAGCACCAGGAUCCACGCCAUGGGUAUCGACAGAAUUAUAACCAACAACGUAAUCAGCGCAACCAACAGCAACACGCACGGCAUCCAAAUUACAACAACAAUCUUCCACCGUUUCAACAAAAUCCAAAUCAGGGUUAUCAGAACCAACAGUAUCAGGGUCAUCAGAUGCCACCUAGAGGAGGCCAUGCAGGUGGGUAUCACAAUUACUCUUUCAACCAACGUCAACAGCAACCACGCGGAAGCAAUCAGAACUAUUCUCGAGGUCAUAAUCAACAGCAGUCGCAGCAAAGAUUCGAUUUUCGUGGACAUAAUCAAACAGCUGGUCCUUCAAUAGGAGGACGAAAUGCUUCCGGUGCUGUGACCAAUAAUGUUAUGAAUUCAUUGAAAGCACAAUUGAAAAACACACUGAAACAGAAUCGACGAGGGAAUGAUAGACGCUGAGGGGGGUAUUGAUUACAUGUACUGUAGAAAUUUAUCUCAUAAUAAAAUUGCUUUGACGUU